AUGGUCCGUCGACGAACUGCUUCGCCAAGACCUUCUGCUCCUGUUCGUUCUUCACCACCACCAACUAUGCGAUCUGCUCCUGCUCCAGCUCCCGCUCCAAUGUCAUCAAUGCCGGCUAGAACAGCUGCUCCUCCAAUGGGAGCUCCUCAUCCAGCUCCGGCUGCUCCAGCUCAGCCUGGAUUGAUGGCUCAAAUGGCAGCAACUGCGGGAGGUGUUGCUAUAGGAAGUGCUGUUGGUCAUGCUGUUGGUAGCAUGUUCACAGGAGGCGGUGGACAUUCUGCAGAAGCUGCUCCUGCUCAAGCAGCACCAGCUCCAGCAGCUGCUGCCCCUCAAGGACAAGCAUACAGUCAGCCUUGUGAAUUCGAAUGGAAACAGUUCAUUGAAUGCACUCAAAACCAAUCGGAUGUGUCUCUUUGCAACGGAUUCAACGAAGCUUUCAAACAGUGCAAGGCACGUUAUGCUUAA